AUCUGGACUGAUCUGUGUUCACGCCUUCAUUGUAACGCAACCUGCUCCAUUCAGAAUCAAUCCGUCGCCGUUCAGCAGCCACAGCUCCACUCAUAGCACUUUCUCAUGGAAAAUGUAUCUGGUUUCUUCGAUACUUUUGCAGCAGUGUAAUAGUUAAAUAAGUGCCGAAUGCGUUAUUUGAUGUGGUGUGUGGUGUCUACGCUUGAACAGUCCUCUACAGUGAGAAGAUGGCGUCGGACGGAGCGAGAGGGGAGCAGCCACCUCCGCUACAAACACUGGUAACCACUGGCCAUGGAAGCGUCGAGGCGAAAUGUGAGCUAAACAUUGACAACCUGAGCAAACCAGAGCUCCUUACUCUCCUGAGCAUCAUGGAGGGAGAGCUUGAGGCCAGAGACCUAGUCAUUGAAGCUCUCAGGGCUCGAAGGAAAGAAGUAUUCCUGCAGGAGCGGUAUGGGCAGUUCACUCUUACGGACCCGUUCCUUGCCAUGCAGAGGGACUUUGAGUCCGGAAUGGAGACGAAGGACCAUAGGCCUGUCAGUGCAAGCCCUAUCACAGUGCUAGAAGCUGUUAUGGCCCACUGCCGCAAGAUGCAGGAGAGAAUGUCUGCCCAGCUUUCAGCUGCUGAAAGCAGACAGAAGAGGCUUGAGAUGGAGAAACUGCAGCUACAGAGCCUGGAGCAGGAGCACAGGAAGCUGUCGGCUCAGCUAAAGGAUGAACGAGAGAAAAACAAACACGUGGUGAUGUCGCUGGUGCAUGAAUGCAAGCAGCUAGCUGCACGUGUAGUCGAAGAGAACCAGCGUUUCGAGGAGCUCUCAUCCCGCACUGAUCAGGAUGGCCGCUCUAUGGGACGACUGGAAGAGGAGCUAGCGAAAGAGCGCCGUCGUAGCCAACAGAUGGAGGCAGAGAUGGAGAAACAGCUGGCAGAGUUUGACACAGAGCGAGAGCAGCUACGUGCCAGGCUUAGCCGUGAAGAGAUGCGUUCCACAGAGCUGCGGGCUGAAAGCGAAAGUCUAUGCCAGCAGGUUGAGCAGCUAAGAACUGAGCGAUGCAAAGAUGCCCCACCACUGCCUUCUGAUAUCACAGCUUCUGCACCUGUCCCUGCCCCAGUUAAACCCAAGACUAUGACAUCUGUGGCUGUGGGCCCUGAUGCAGCCGUCUGCAAAACUGCCUCCUCUCAGACAGACCUUCCACUGGAAAAUGAAGGGUCUAAGAAGGUGCCACUCACCAUCCCUGUCAAGCCUACGGGUACCAACUAUGCUAGCUUGAACCUCCCUAAGACUCCCAGUGCUGGACGGGGGACACACCAUGGGAGCUCUCAGGCAGAAAAUGGUGGUGAGGGCCAAAUGGUUCCACAUGGUUCACACUCACCUGGCAUGUCUGCUACCUUGCCGACUGGGGUCAGCCCCCGUGUCCAGGCGGCUCGUUACAAAUUCCAGCCCUCUGCCUCGGAGCAGGACCAAAAUGGAACAGCAAACCAGAGCCCCCCUUCACGGGACCUGUCCCCUACAAAUAGAGAUAACUUUGCUGCCAAGCAGCAGGCACGCCACACUGUCACACAGGUUCUUUCCCGUUUCACAAGCCCACCAGCAGGGGGUCCCCCUGCAGUUCUUCGGCCUGGUCUGCCACACUCUGCAUCUGAGGGGGGGCCCUUCCCAGGGCGUUUAGGCCACCCUCAGAUUGGCCUUAAAUCCCCAACUGUGGCACGCAUCGACAGGGGUAAUCCACCCCCCAUUCCACCCAAAAAACCAGGACUAUCCCAGACACCAUCCCCUCCUCACCCACCAAUCAAAGUGGUAGGUGAAUCCAACAGGCCCCCUGGAACAGGACUGGGGGCGGGCCUUGCCAAAUCAACUGCCACCCCUCAGCUUUCACCAAAGCCCUCCUUAGAUUUGGGCAGUACAGUUCCAGCCUUGACUGCGUCACAGGUGGGUGCAUCCUCCACUGGCUGGUCGUGGGGGCCACAGCCGACAGCAGCAUGUGUGAAGUGUCCCCCUGUCACCAGCUCCUCCACCACAGCUACCAUUGUCAGUAGCCCCUCCAUAAACCCUGAUUGUGUUCCGUCCCAUAGCCCCCAGCACCCAGGCAGCCCCCUGGCAGCAGCAUCAGGCUGGUGUCCCUCCAUAGUCCCCUCGCUAACCUGUGGUGACCCCGUCCCCCUGGAUGACGGGCAAACCCUUCUCCUCCAAGCUGCUUCCCAGGGAAAUGUCACUUUAUUGUCUAUGCUGCUUAACCAAGAUCCACUAUUGGAUAUUCAUCACCACCAACAUGAAUUAACCUCUGCCUUGAUCUCUGCUGCUCUGAAUGGACACACAGACUGCUUAAAACUACUGCUAACUUCAGGGGUGUCUGCUGAUGCUACCGAUGAAGCAAGAUUCACGCCAUUACAUGCUGCUGCUGAAAAUGGUCACCAUGGGUGUGUAAGAGCUCUUGUCAAGUGUGGAGCUGAUGUGGAGAGAGAGUGUUCUCGUGGAAGGACCCCUCUGUUCCUGGCUUGUGAACGGGGACAUGUAGAGUGUGUGAAAGUUUUGCUGGAUGCAGGGGCAGACCGGUCACACGUUACGACUGACAGCUGCACAGCUCUGCAUGCUGCAGUCAGUUCAGGUAACGUGGGUCCUCUGAAGCUCCUGCUACACCACCCCUCUCCUGAACCAGAGCUGGGUCACCCUGCCUCUCCUUCAGGCCCCAACCAAGAGCUCUCACACCAUGCCACGGCCAAGGCCAGCCACAUCCUCAACCACAGUAACCAGGAUGGCUGGACUGCUGCUCAUAUUGCUGCAUCCAGGGGCUACAAGAAAUGCCUGGAGGUUUUAUGUAACCACAGUCAACAGGACAUGGAGAAGAUGGACAAAUGCAAUCGCACCAUACAUGAUGUUGCCACAGAUGACUGCAAAGACCUACUUGAAAACCUGGACUGGUACAGAGUGGUUGUACAGGUGCAGAUGGGCUCACUGGAGCAUCUUUGCCCCGUGGAUCUCCUGGAGGAUGGCUCCACUGUUGGCAAAGUGAAAAUUCACCGCCAAGCCAGCUGGGAGGAGUUGGCGGGGAACUUGAGUCACCUGCUGACCAAUCACCUCCAGCGAGUUUGUGGGACCUGGGAGGUGCAGGAAGGGCGGGGCACAGCAGAUGCUCCUUUGGGACUGUCUGCUGACAGCAUGGCUUCUGUAAUUAUAGGUGAUGCCAUAUGGUUGCCGGGGCAGGAGUUAGCCCAGUCUCCUUGGGACCUUGUUCGUAAGCGCCUGAGUCAACGCAUUACCAUACGUCUUAAAGGCCUGUCAGAGUGCUCUCUGGAUAAGAUGACGUACGACUCCCUGAUUCCUCUACAGCUGCUGCAGAACUACGUCCGCCUGGUGGAGCAAUACCAUAAUGUUAUCUUCCAUGGGCUGGAGGGAUGUUUUCAGGAGUACAUAGCCAACCAGAUCUCUCAUUAUAUUAAGCACAGACAUGAGACCCACGGGAUUGACUGUGAUGUCGUCAGGGUGGAGAUGGAUGAGAGUUUAUCAAAAGAGCACCUGCUGGAGAUCUUGAUCAACUGUGGUUUCCUGGUGUCUUUGCAUGAUGGAAGCACAAGGCGAUGUGUGGUGGUGGUCCUGGAGGGUCUGGAAAGGGCCCAUUCUCUCAGCCACAUACUUGGAGAUCUGUGUGAGGCCCUGGAGAACCGAGGAUCUGUCUAUACUUUUUCCCUCAACCAUGGUCACGAUGGGCUUUACUACUUCCGAGAAGGAUUUUUUUUUAUUGGCACGCUGGCCAAGCCACGCCUCCAGGGAACUGAGCUACGAUUACAGCAGCACUUCCGUUGGGUUCAGCUGCGCUGGGACACAGAGCCCCUUAAUGGCAUGCUGGGACGUCAUCUCCGCAGAAAACUACUCCACAAGACUCAAGGCCAGAACUGGACAUCUGAUGAGCCUGUACAUAAAGCGCUUUCUUGGGUGUGUUCAGUCUGGCACCAGCUCAAUGCCUGCCUCUCACGUCUUGGGACCUCUGAGGCUUUGUUGGGACCCUAUAUCUUCCUCUCCUGCCCUGUGCAUCCAGAACAGACCCAGACAAUUCCCAAGUGGUUGGCAAGGCUUUGGAAUGCAGUCAUAGUCCCACGCGUCGAGGAUGCUGUUAUAUCAAGAGUAACAGCCAAGCGCUCUCCCUCCCAGCGACGGUCUUCCAACAACAAAGGUCUGAGCCCAGGUCAGAGGGCUGUAGUCAAAGCAGCUCUUAAUAUCCUCCUGAAUAAAGCCGUGCUACAAGGCUGCCCACUGCCCAGACCAGAGAUUGACAGGCUUUUACCAGAGUUCCAAGGAGGAUGUUUGUCUCUUUCCACGAUUGGCUCAUCUUACAGAAAAGGUGGCAGAAAAGGGCGUGAUAGUGGCAGUUGGAGACGAGCCAAUACUAGUCCACGGAAGAAAGGAAACACCGCCCUUGGGAGGAGCUCUAGCUGCUCCUUAAGAGAAGGAUCUCUGGCUAAUUCAGAAGCUCAUCAAGUGGCAAAUGCCAAUCACACAAGACUCGGUGAUGGAGUUGCUGUUGGUCUUUCUCUCUACUCUGAUGAUGAGAAUUAUGUUAUCCGGGAACUCCAGACCAUGUGCUUUAGCAAAUCUGAGCCUGACAUAAGCAAGAUUGCUCUCUCUAAAGAGGACUUCAUCAUGCCUCCAGACUCUAAUCUGCCCACACAUCACAGGAGUGAUGGAGAGGUCACACAACCCCAGACACGCCCUGUUACAACAGACAGUGUUGUAGAUAUUGCCCAUUCUCCACCACAGAAGAAUGACAGUCGCCACUCUUCACCUCAGCGGGCGACGAGGCCCAGGUCUCAUCUGCCCAUCCCAAGCAGCAGAGGGGCUCAGCAAGUGAACACUAGCAGCAGCAGUUCCAUUCAAUUUCAAGGUACUAACUCGAGCAGAGCCUCCACGAGCAGCAGAGCAAGGCAGCCCACAUCCCCCAACAACACAAACAACUUUAAACAAGACCAGAUCUGGAUCCUGGACCCAAACUGUAAUAAAGAAUACAGUAAUCAACAAUAGAUUCCUCCCACUGCCCUUGUUAUCACCCUCUGUGUUGUGAAGUUAGGUUACUGGCAGCAUUUUAGUAUUUGUACAUGUCCAUACUUGUUACACUAUAUUACAUUGUGUACUGUACUUUGGGACCAUAGUUUUAAUAUAUAAAACUGUUUAAGCAAAGAAAUUUGACAAAAGUAAGAUAAUACAGAAACACUUGAACACUUGCUUUUUAGGUCAAAUGUUUUGGAUCGAAGUAAGAGCUAGUAGUCUUUUUGCUCUUUAGUAUUUUCAAUUAAGUGUUAUGUUUAAAUAGGUGAAAGGUAAGUUUUAAAAACUGUCAAAAUCAGGGUUUUACCAAAUGUGUAAAUAAGAACUGGGAACUUAAAUGUUGUAUAGAUUAGUGCGUGUGUGCGCGUGUGUGAUAUUACGCUUGUACAUUGGAGGAAUGUGUAGGGAAAAUGAGAACUGUAUAUAUAUUGUUUGUAAUAUUAAAUUUUGGUUAAUAUUUUUUCACUCGUUUCAAAGCUAACUGAAUGUGGCAAUAAGUACCGUCAUUGCAAACACAGGAUAUUUUGUUUUGUCCGUUAAGCCAUAAUUAGUAUUUUCGAUUACUCUCAUGCGUGCUCAGUGACUGGCUUGACCCCAACUACAAUAUUUCAAGUGCAGCGCAUUACGUUUUCAUUUGUCUUCUGUAUUGAACACAUUGGAUAAACAAUAUUUCUUUAAGUCAUUAUUGUUCAUAUGUACAGAAGAGAUUAUAGUCGACCUCUGAUGAACUGUAUUAUAGUUGUCUGAUGAGGUUCAGAAAAUAUUGUUCUGUUUCCUCCAAGCACAAGAAUUAAAAUGCACUAUCCUAGA